GACGGCAAAUGGUUAAAUAUACAGUAUUAAGUAUCAAUAAAGGUUAUUGACAUGCAGCCGACUGAACAGUCCAUUGUCCAAUAACGGUGAUCCCAAGGAGUCACACUAGAUGCAUCAAUAAGUUUUGGUCUUUAGAGUCAUUAUAAACAUCUUCUUGCUGUUGUCGGCAAAACAAAAAAAAGGUCGAAGGUCGGGGAAACAAAUCCAUCAGUUGAGAUUUCUGGAAGGACGCUCAGGAAGUGAGAGGUAAUUUUAACCAUAAAUGUCUUCAGCGGUUGCAGUUCUUACCAGAUUAUUUUGUCAUCAAUGCUCGCGCCGAUUGAAAGAUGAGUUGAGACAUUUACACACAGCCCCUGAAAUACUGGCAGCAAAAAGAAAACAAGUGUUCCAUAACAAGUAUAUUGCGCAACUUAAAAAGCGUUUCCGAGUGGACAACUCCUUCGCCCAUGAUAUUAUUCAAAGGCAAGAUGAGAGAACUCGCGAACCGAACGAUGAUGUGGAUGAGACGGAUUUCCAAGAUGAGCUUCUAAGGGAAGCUCAAAGAAGAAGAAGUGCAUAUAAACAUUGGAAAAAAAUAAAAGAUUUUAAUAAGGGACCAGGUCCACGAUUGCUUACAUGGAAGCAGAUGGAACAUGCUCGUUUCUUGCGGCAAACUAAUCCAGAUGAAUGGAACGUAGAGACACUAGCAUACUCAUUCCAAGUUCCUCAAGAGGUGAUGAGAAAAGUUCUACACAGCAAGAAUGUUUUAAGCCCAGAGGAACGUGAGAGAUUGGAUGCAAAAGUACGAGAGAAUCGUGGCAUUGGGAAAUUACCAUCACCUCUGUAUAAAACUGAUACUGACAAUAAGUCAGUGGUGCUUUUUGAAAAUGAGAAGAAUCAGAAUAUUGCCCCCAAAGAACAAACAUGGGGUCUACCUGACUGGAAGAAUGUCAGUACAUGGUUUGAUGGCUAUGAAAAAGGUUCAGUCAAAUUGAGUGAUAAAAAGUUAACAAGGCGGCCUGCUAACUCGGAAGGAGAUUCUGGCGUCUCUUGGAUUGAUGAUGACGAUUGUGAAUUUUAUGCUUACCUCUACAAUGAAGAAGAUGAGUGGCAGGACAUGGAAGAGGAGAAAGAUGAAGAAUAUGAGGAAAUUGAAGAUCUCGAUGAAGAAACCGACAGUUUGAAUAUUGUUAAAACAAAUGAUGGAAAAACUUUUUAUAAUGAAGAUGAUGAAUUUCUAUAUAGGUUAUAACAGAAUUCUAACUGUAAAAUCCUGAU